ACGCGCCAGUUCACUUUCUGACGCGCUUUUUUCCACUCUCAUAGUUUCAGUUUCACUCCCAAACAAUGCGACGCAAUCCUCCGUCCCUCCAUCUCCUCGCCGCAACCGACGCCGCCUUCUCCACCGCCACAAUGUCUUCACGCCCCUACCACCGAGGUCACCGGAGAGGAUACUCCGGCCGUUCAUACUCCGGCGGAAGAGACCAGUUAGCUACCGGAGACGAUCACUUACGGUCAGUCCGCGACGCCAAUUCAGCAAUCCGGCGAGGUGAGAGUGAAAAUGUUGCGAAUCAAAUACAGUACAAUCCUCGUCCAUAUCCACCACCUCAAUAUCCACCUUACGAUCUUCAUCGUCAUCCUCCACCGCCGUUUUACCAUCAUAAUCCACUUUACAAUCCUCGUCCUCAUCCACCACCUCAAUAUCAGAAUCCUUCUUAUAAUCCUCGGCCUCAUCCUCCGCCACUGCGUUUUCGGCCGCCGUAUGAUAACCGACGUGAAUUUCGUCCGCAACAGAAUUUUUAUGCAAAGCCUGCAGAUUAUCGAGAGUGGGAGAAUGCAUUGACGCCACCACCUCCUCGUUGUGAAAGGUUUAAAGUCCUUUCCUAUAAUAUAUUGGCGGACUACCUUGCUAUGGACCACUGGAGAAAACUUUAUUAUCAUAUACCUUCUUACAUGUUGAACUGGCAGUGGAGAAAGAGUAAAAUUGUUUUGGAGCUUGGCCUGUGGUCUGCCGAUAUCAUGUGUUUACAGGAGGUUGAUAGGUUUCACGAGUUGGAGGAGGAUUUGAAGUUUAAGGGAUACAGAGGCAUCUGGAAGAUGCGUACGGGCAAUCCAGUUGAUGGUUGUGCAAUCUUUUGGCGAACAUCAAGGUUCAAUUUGGUAUAUGAAGAAUGCAUUGAGUUCAAUAAGUUGGGACUCAGAGACAAUGUUGCUCAAAUAUGUGUACUAGAGUGCAUUAAUCAAAAUGGAUCUCUCCCACCCAGCUUGACAGGUUCUCGUAAAGUUGUGGUUUGCAACAUUCAUGUGCUUUACAAUCCGAAUAGAGGAGAAAUUAAACUUGGCCAGGUGAGAGUCCUGCUGGAUAAAGCUCAAGCUGUUUCUCAACUUUGGAAUAAUGCCCCUGUUAUUUUGUGCGGGGAUUUUAAUUGUACGCCUAAGAGUCCAUUGUACAACUUUAUCGCAGAACAAAAGCUAGAUUUGUCUGGAAUAGAUAGAAAUAAAGUAUCAGGGCAAGCUUCUGCUGUAAUUCGAGCACCAUGGACCUAUGGUCCUAAAUCUAGUGAAAGAAGAUCAGCUAAUGUUUCGGUUCAGGCCAUAUCCGCUGAAGGUGACAAGGAAGUUACUGUUGAACAAAAUAGUUCUUCGUCAGACAAGCAGAAUCCGGUCACUGAGAGUAGCAGUUUAGAUAAACAAAAUACUCGCCCUGUGAUGAUUAUGUCUGAUAAGACAGAUGUGCAGUGUAGCAGGGAGACUGAUACAUGUGCAGGAAAAGAUACUCGGGAGGCGGUUGACCAUAAUAAGAUUUUUGUUGAAGUUGAUGGCACAAAAGAGGGGCCAAAUCCUUCUUAUAAUAAAGGUAUAAAUGAUGAUGAAAUUCAUGACGUCACACCUAUAACAUCUUCAACUCUUGAGACAGUUCGCACUGACCCACCUGGGAUGGGAAGCACAGAACGUAUAUCAGAUGCUAUCUCAGCUACAGAUCAAGAAUCAUUAAGUGAAAAGUCCAACUUGCACGACCAUAAAGGGACCACGCAUAUGGAGUCUAACUGUUCCCCAACCUCUCUUCAAGAAGGUGAUCAAGCUUCAAAGGUGAAGAUAGAUAUUGAGUCAACAGAUCUUAUUAACCUAGAAGCAUCAUCAAAUAAACCAUCCAGCAAUACUUCAGUUUCUGAUGAUUUUGAAGCCCCUCAUCCAGGGUAUAGAGAAAGCUCAUCUUACGAGGCCAUUGCUAAUGACCAAAUGAAUUUAUCUUCAACUGAAUAUGUAGUUGACAAAUCACAUAAAAUUACCAACAUUGACUUUCUACUAAAUGAAAAGCUAGAGAAAUUUUCCUUUGAUGAGAUAGAUCAAGCCGAUGUAAACAGUGGGAAUAUUGGUGAAGAUGCCGUCGAUUUCAUAAAUGCCCUGCAUAGUGCCAGAGAAGAAAGCAAUGAUACAGAGGAUGACUUAUCUCCAAGUCCGAUGUCUAAGUAUAUUGAUGCAGAGAGAACUACUUAUAAUCCAUCAUUAUGGACUCCUGCUGAGAUAGAAACUGCGACAGGAAAUGCAGAGUGCACGUUCUUGGGGCACCCUUUAUCGCUUAGGAGCACAUACACAGAAGCUAUGGUAGAUGACUCUUCAGGGACUAGGGACCCCAAUGGUGAGCCCUUGGUAACUAGUUACAACAAGUGCUUCUUGGGCACUGUUGACUAUAUUUGGCGAUCUGAAGGUCUGCAAACAACCAGAGUUCUUGCUCCAAUACCUAAACGAGUCAUGGAAAGCACUCAAGGAUACCCAACAAAGAAAUGGGGUAGCGAUCAUAUUGCCUUGGUUUCAGAGCUAGCUUUCAUGGAAGAUGGUACUGCCAUCAGCAAGGAUGUUGUAUAGCUUUUCACUUUGAUGAAUAAAUUGUUGGCUUUUGCCAUUGUAAGAUCUUAAAAUGUGGUUCCAGGUCUCGGUCUAACAGUCCCCUUCAGGUUUUAUGUUGUGGGGGAAACAAAAGGUUCUCCAGAGGCUAGUCGUAUUUAUUUGUAAAUAUGUAAUAAUAUUGAUUAUCAAAUUAAAUCUGUACAUUAUGUUAUGAUCUUUGAAAUGAGAGCCUAUAUGAUUAUUUUGAGCUGUUAGUCAACA